AUGGUUAUUCAGUUCAUAGUGAAAUUCUACCAAAAUAUGCUUGCCUUCAUUUUUGCCAUUGAGGAGAUCAACAGGAAUCCUUAUCUUUUACCCAACAUAUCUCUGGGCUAUGAGUCCCAUAAUUCUCUGCACAGUCAUGGGAAUAUAUUGAAGAAUGUCCUCAUGUUGCAUGCAGGACAGGAUGAAGUCCCUAAUUACACCUGUGGCAGAGACAGCAAGUCUGUAGCAUUGCUCACAGGAACCUCAUGGGCAACAGAGGCUCAGAGUGGACCACUGUUGGAGCUCUACAAGUUUCCACAGCUGACUUUUGGCUCUUUCGAUCUUGUUCUGAGUGAAUACGGCCGUUUUUCUUCUCUCUAUCAAAUGGCUUCAAGGGACACAUCUCUGGCGCUUGGCAUGGUCUCCCUGGUGAUUCAUUUCAACUGGAACUGGGUAGGAGUGAUUGUCACAGCAGGUGCAAAGGGUCUUCAGUUUCUCUCAGAUGUGAGAGCAGAGAUGGAUGGGAACAGAGUCUGCUUAGCAUUUGUAAAAACAGUCACAAGUGAUCCUCUGUUGUAUGUUGCAAAUACAGAACUACAUGACUUCCUGACCAAGGACACCAUUGGAGUAAAUGUGAUUAUCAUUUACCAUGAUACUGAGAAUGUCAAUGACUUAAACCAUAAUGUAGGGUUACAUUUAGGGACAUGGAGAGUCUGGGUAACAAACUCACAAUGGCAGGCUGACCUGACUGGGAAAAAUUUCCUUCGUGACUCAUUCCAUGGAACUUUCAUUUUUUCAAAUCACCACAAGGAGAUUUUUGGUUUUAAAAAGUUUAUUCAGACAGUGAACCCUUCCAUUUACCCAGAAGACAUAUUUGUACAGCAGUUUUGGUACUCCCAUUUCCAGUGCUCAUUAUCUGACUCUGGCUGUGCACUGGAGAACUGUAUACCCAACGCCUCUCUGGAGUGGCUGCCUGUGAAUCGUUUUGACCCCGCCAUGAGUGAUGCGAGUUACAACAUAUACAAUGCUGUGUAUGCCGUGGCCCAUGCCCUACACGAGAUGCUCUUGAAACAAAUACAAAAACAACCAGCGGGAAAUGUGGAAGAAAUAGUGAUUUCCCCCUGGAAGCUACACUCCUUUCUGAGGAACAUCCAAUUUAACAACACUGUUGGAGACCAAAUGAAUUUGGAAGAGAAAAUAAAACUGAAUGCAAAGUUUGACAUUCUCAACUUUUGGAAUUUUCCAGAAGGUCUUAGACUUAAGGUGAAAGUAGGGGAAUUUUCCCCUUAUGUCACACAUGGUCAAAAACUAUCUUUAUCUGACGAGAUGAUACAGUGGGCGAUGGGAAGUACAGAGACCCCCCGCUCUGUAUGCACUGAGAGUUGUACUCCUGGAUUUAGGAAAACCCCUCAGGAGGGAAAGGCUUCCUGCUGUUUUGAUUGUAUCACAUGCUCAGAGAAUGAGAUCACCAACAACACAGAUAUGGAGCAGUGUGUGAAAUGUCCAGAUCAUCAGUAUGCCAACGAUCAGAAAAACCAGUGUCUCCAAAAAUCUGUGACUUUUCUGGCUUACAAAGACACCCUGGGGAAGGCUCUGGUUAGCACAGCCCUGAGUCUCACCAUUCUCACAGCUGUCGUUCUUGGGCUCUUUGUGAAGCACCGAGACACUCCCAUUGUCAAGGCCAACAACCGGGCUCUCAGCUACACCCUGCUCAUCUCCCUCACCUUCUGCUUCCUCUGCACCUUGCUCUUCAUUGGCCGUCCCAGCACAGCCAGCUGUAUCCUCCAGCAGACCACAUUCGCAGUUGUCUUCACUGUGGCUGUUUCCACUGUCUUGGCCAAAACCAUUACUGUGGUGCUGGCCUUUAAGGUCACUGCUCCAGGCAAAAGGAUGAGGCAGUUCCUGGUAUCAGGGGCACCAAACUACGUCAUCCCCAUCUGCUCCCUGAUCCAACUCACUCUCUGUGGAGUCUGGAUGGGGACGAAUCCACCCUACAUUGACACAGACGCACACACUGAACAUGGCCACAUCAUCAUCGUGUGCAACAAGGGCUCCAUCACUGCCUUCUACUGUGUCCUGGGAUACCUGGGCUCCUUGGCCCUGGUCAGCUUCACUGUGGCUUUCCUGGCCAGGAACCUGCCUGACACCUUCAAUGAAGCCAAGUUCCUGACGUUCAGUAUGCUGGUGUUCUGCAGUGUGUGGGUCACCUUCCUUCCUGUGUAUCACAGCACCAAGGGGAAAGUCAUGGUGGCCAUGGAGGUCUUCUCCAUCUUGGCCUCCAGUGCAGGUCUUCUGGGUUGUAUCUUUGUCCCUAAGUGCUAUAUCAUUUUGUUAAGACCAGAGAAGAAUGCGCUACAUGGAUUCAGAGAUAAAACACAUUCUAGGAGAUAAAAUUUUUUAAGUUAAAACAUAGUUUCCUUAAAAU